UAUACCAUUCUUUUGAGAUGAGCUACACUACUAGCUGACUUGCUAGUUUAAUAAUGAGCUACUUGUUACUUAAAUAGCUGACUGUUGUGCUGGAGUAUUUUGAAAUAUAUGGGUUUAAAGCUUUCCGUCCCUUUUCUUAUUUGAAUUUAUUUUUCAAUGUACCUAUGGUAGAUAGCCUCCCCUGCUUCUUGAUGGGAGAGCGCAACUCUUCAAGGGUUUGUCACCUCAAAUAUAGAAGCCUAGAUAUACCACAUAAUUGCAUUUGAGUAAAUAUAACCACAAUAAUCUAGCUAUACAGUAUACCAUAAAUUCAUUAUCCAUCAAGGUGAGUCAACGCGAGUGGAAGAUGAGGCUGAUGCCUUACUAGCAUCAUGUUCUGGUAACACGGUGAAAAAGAAAAAGGAAAGUGUGUAUUAUGUAAAAGGUGGAAAGAAAAGAAUCAGGAAAUGUCCUCGAAAAAAGCAACCCACGAAAGCACCAAAAACAGGUUUGAGCUGAUCAUUUUCAUUACCGUAGGUCAAAUCAUAAUAUAUAUGUUUUUGUUGUCCUAAACCAGUGCAAAAACCAGGCACAGCUCAGACGGUUUCAGUACUAUGUGAGACACGAGUUGUGGACCCAUGUCAUGAUGAACGUUUUCUUUUUUAUAUACAUUACUGUAUUGUGGACAUGCACUGUUUUGAACGGGGUUUUUUUCAGUACAAGCAUUGACAGAUGAUCAUGAAGAUUCAAUCUCUGAUCAUGGAGUUGAAAUAUCAGAUGACUUUUCUGUUGAAAUAGUAGGUAUAUAUAUACUGAAUUGUUUUCAUUUCAUACCAACAUGUGUGUACAGAUAAAUGCCUUUCAUAAUCGAACAAUAUUUAUCGAUUAUUCUAUACCACUACCUUCAACGCAGACUUUUCAUGAUGGUGAAAUAAAAAACAUAGAUAAAAUUGUACCACUUACCUUUCCUAAAUGUGACUGUGAGAGUGGUGUGAUGGGAAUUGAAGUUUCAAGAGAAUUGGUAGCAGUAAUAAGAACUGAUGGUAAACAUAGUGUUUGUAUAUACCAUACAAAUUUUAUCUUUUGGAUUUGGAAAUUUGAUUUCUUUUCAUUGAAAUUCAUUUUAGGAAGAUUCGACCUCAACAAGUUCGUCAUGAGAUGUUCAUGUGGAAAACGUUAUGACCCAUUUUGUUUGAGUAAUUUACUUGGAUCUGGUUAUUGGCCUGGAUCAUUGAAGCAAAUUAACUGCAUUUUUCAUGAAAGUUGCUUCAUGAUGUGGGACAGAUUUUCAAAGCGAAUGCCUGGUUCAUCAAUUAGUAGUUUUGUAAAGUCAUUGGAGGAUGUUUCUCGAUUUCAUUCCAGGACGGAUGUGAUCAGUUGCACAUUAUUCACCAGAACUUUCAGAGAAUGGAAAUAUGGGCAACACGAACUUGACAAACUGACGACUGUACCAAUAUUUUCAUGUCCUGCUUGUGAUCAGCAUCAACACUCUUGUCAUGUUGAUGGUAAUAAUAACCUUGUUCCUGAUUACACACAUUUUGCAAUGAAAAUUGAUACAUAUAGUGUAAAAUGCUUGAAAUUUUUCUUUCCAAAGAUUUCUUUAACAAGAAAACUGAGAUCUGGUGAUUCAUAUUACAAAGAUUUAUUUAUAUCAUCAAAUGAAAAAUGUGUUCUCAUACUUUCUUGUGUCACUGUGAGUGAAGACUUGCCAGUACAGUAUUCCUUUUCUGUCUCCAUACUCAUUUUUAUAUUUCUUUUAUUUCUGUUUAUAUUAUUCAAGAAGUUGCACAAAGUUGCAUGCGGUUCUAGUAUACUUAAAGCAGCUCAGGACAUAUCACGAAGAAAGGCUGCCUUAGAUGAAACUGGAUUGGAAUAUUGUGUAUGUCGACAUGGCAUUGCCCUAAAAGGAGUAAAUAUGUUCCGUGGUGAAAUCUUUGGCUAUGCACAUUACUUACAGACAAUUUUCAUGUUAUCCCAGAAUGUGGAAUUCUUUUGGUAUGAUGUUGUUUGUAAGUAUUGGCCAUGGCUCAAAUCACAUGAUCCUUUCGCUGCUGAUCAAAUGAAACCCGCAUUGUCUGUAAUGCAUGGGAAAAUACAUCAGAUGUCAUGUCAGGUUCAAUGGAGUGGAAGAUGGCAAGAAGGGUCAGCUAAAUCAUCGGGUGAAGAAGCUGAACAAGUGAAUAGUUAUUUGUCGCGUAUUGGAAAUACAACAAAGUACAUGCUUCCCCAAAGUAAUUUCUAAUUGUGAUUUCUAUGUAUUCCAAUCCUUCUAAUUAUUAUUGUUUAUUAGAAGAAUAAACCUUUUGGUAAAACCAACUUCUUGUGUAGAUAGAGAAGAUGUGAUAACUGAGUUUGCAAUUGAUUGGAACAAAAGAAAGGUUGAUGGCUUAGCUAAAUCUCUUAUUAAACGGUAUAAAAAGGUAAAUAAGAAAACCUGGAUAACAAGGUCUAAUUAUGAUAUUGUAUUUAUUUUUUUAACAGGUUUUAAUAUUCAAAAGUGUUAGGUUGCCUUCAAUUUUUUCUUUCUUUUAAAAUGCUCUGAACAUUGAGAACUCCAAAGCUGUGUGGGAAAAUAGUUGUAAAAGUGCUGGCAUUCUUACAUCUAUUUCUACCAUGACAAGUUUAACAUCGGAGGUGGUAAAUUUUUUCACAGGUAUGAUGUUAUAGACAAAAAGGUUUUUCUAUUUGUAUUUUGUUUAACAAAAGGUAUUUAUACAUCACUCCAUGAUAUUUGUUAUAUAGUUGCUGAAGAAAGAAAUGAUGUUCUGUCUCCAAAGGAAACUUCAGCACUAUAUUCUCUUCGUUUAAAACAACUUGAUGCUGAUGUUGAGUCUAGUGUUCACAGCAUCCUAGUUCACUAUGUACUGAAAUGUGGUAACACGCAAUCUGUGAUUCGGACAAAGUUGGGUAUUAUUGUAACAAAAAUUAGAAAUUAACCAUCAUUUGAUCCUGAUUGUGAAGAUAUACAAAAUGCUGUCUUAAAAAAAAUUAUGGAUGCUAUUAAAGAAAAAAUUAUAAACCAUCAGUUUCAAGCAAAAAUAAAAAGACUUUCAAUGAGCAAGUUAACAGGUUUUUUUUACUCUUUAUCAGUUAUUAUUACAUUAUUAUAUCGCACCUUUCUGAAGGCGUUCAUUUAAUCAAAAGACAAUGUUGACAAGUUUACGCAAACGAGAACGCCAUUCAAGUCUAAUACAUAUCCAGCUUGUACACAUGAGGAUUUCAACCUGGGAUUGGGAGAACAAAGCUCGUGAUUAAACAGUAAUCACAAGGUUAUGUUCGUUGUUAUAACUGACAAAUGACACUCGUAAUAACUAAAUUUUUCUCGUUCUGACGUUUCGAACUUUAGCUCUUUUAGUCAUUAUUUGUACAAUUUAUCAAUAUUUGUACUCAAUAUCACGCUAUACCCGCAUACUCGUUUUUUUUACUUCAUAAUUCAAAAACCGAACACGAAACCGCAUGCAAAAGAAAGCGUAUCUACAUCAUCAAGAGUUCAUUUGCCAUGACAUUCGAAAUUACUUUCCCUUAUCAGUAAUGGUUUGGCAUAUGGAGAAAAAAACUUCAGUAAAGGGGGGAAGCACGUUGUAUAGACACUGUUAAGUCUUGAUUUUAAUUAUAUCAGAUUCUCAACGGAAGGAAGGUAGUUUCUGAACAUAUCUUUCAUCACUCCAU